ACAACAGAAACAGCGCCGACCAGUGUAAAUACUGUAUGUUCAAACAAUAUUACUUGUGCAGAAAUACUGGAAUGAACACAGUAUUAUAGCAGCACUAUAAUACACUAUGCUCCAUACUUAAUCAUUCCCCUCAUGCUGCUUCUCACCAUGCUUUUUAGCUCCACGUAUAAUUCUGUCUCUCCAAGUGCUAAGGCUUUAUGUCAUGUAAAUAAAGUGGUUGGCGUUUGCUUGCUGAUUGUAUGUAACUACAAUUUUAUUUCACCUCACAGAGAACCAAAAAAGUGAUGUAUACUCUCAUGAGGUCUCAUGAACUCCCAGCAAUCCAUGUGGGUCUUGGGUAACAUCAUCACAUGACAUAUGACAAUAGCAAGACAGUUAUUGUGAAUUAACAUGAAAUGGUGUAUUGUGUGUGUAGCACAUGCAUGUACUUUAUAUUUUGCUUGGCGUUCCAUCACCUCCAUUCAACAUUGAAGCAAACAUUGAUAACUUAUCUCCUGUCUGAACUUGUCCCUUUAAAACCUUUGAUCUCUGCCGCCACGCCCCCUUUAUACAUAACUCCGCCCCGUCGACGCACAAACGACACCAAUAGCCAAUAGCAAGACAGGAUACCGGCGCGUGAGGCCACGUUGCAUUGAACCUCUCCCAGUUUUUUAAGCCUUUGUACCGGACAAAGCUGCAGAAAUUUUCUUUUCUUUCUCCCUGACGGCGUGUAAAAUGCUUCUCCGUGCUUUAGAGCUCGUGUUUUUCUUUUAUUUUGCGUCACACAUCCCUAUCACUCUCUUCAUUGAUCUACAAGCACUCCUACCAGAACACGUGUUUCCUCAAGCUUUUAAAGACGUGCUGCGCUGGUAUGCAUCCGAAUUCAGAGAUCCCAUGGUGCUGGAUCCACCUGUUUGGUUUAAAUCCUUCAUCUUUUGUGAAGCACUCGUUCAGUUGCCCUUCUUUCCUGUUGCAGCAUACGCUUUUUUCAAAGGCAGCUGCAGGUGGAUCAGGACUCCAGCCAUACUGUAUUCUGUGCACGUGGCCACCAGCUUAAUUCCCAUCCUGAGCCACGUCUUACUCUAUAACUUCCCACUGGCUCCUCUUCCGGGUCCACAGACAUCCAAGGAGAGAUGGGCACUGGUGUGUGUUUAUGCUCCAUACUUAAUCAUUCCCCUCAUGCUGCUCCUCACCAUGCUUUUUAGCUCCACGUAUAAUUCUGUCUCUCCAAGUACUAAGGCUUCAUCCAAGAGCAAGAAGCGAAAAUAAAUAAAUCUUAAGAUUUCAAUAAAUUGUUCUAUUCAUUCAUGAUUGUCAAAAAAAAAGGAUUGUUGAAUCAUUACAAUGUUCUGAAUUACCUAAUUAAUAACAUUUUUGAAGAUUCAUUAUUUGGACCAGAAUGAUCGACAUUUUGAUUUGAGGAAUGAAUCUGCUUUUCCACACCACAAAGCUGUAUGAUUGAGAACAGACGUAGACAUGUAUGAGCAAAAUAGUUGUAUUCAAAUGUACAUCAUGUUUAUAUAGUGUCUGUCAAAACCAACAGUAUUUGACAAUAAAUAUUGUGAAUAAAGUGAAGUAAACAAAGCAAAUAAAAUGCACUGUUUGGUUACA